AGCGAUUCCUGAGUCGACAAACCUCGCAGGACAGAGGUGUCGUCUUCUCGCGCAAAUAUAGGAGCCAGCUCUUGCCUAUUUGAGAUCGCCAUGGCGGGCUACAUGCCGAACUUUCUGCCAAUGAAAGUCAGCAGCAGCACGGAGAAUUCUAUGGCCAUGCGCGUGGAGGCCGGUGUGCCUACCUUGAGCAUGGACUUAAAGUUCAAUGUGAAGAUCUCAGUGCCGGAGCUUCUGAGAGCGCUGAGCUCUUGGCAGGAGAUUCCUCCGCCUCGCAUGCAGGAGGCAGAGCUUCGCCAGGCGCCGACUGAGACAGAAACAGCUCUGACACCCUUCAGGAAUGCACUGAGCUACGGCGAGUACUUGGAUCAGCACAAGUGGACCAAAAUUGCCGUGAACCAACCCAUUGUCCUGAGUGACGAGCGCAGCUUUCGGGAUGCCAAGUUUGUGCCAAUUCCUUUGCCGGCCCGGGAGAGGCUGACGUAUGCAACAUACGCGAAGCGCAGAGAGGCGCAGCCACGGCCGGUGGUGAAGCCUCCGCCCAACUACCCGGCGCCGGCGCCGCCUUCCGCCAAGAGCCCUCCAAAGGCCCAGGCGAACGUCGUCAGAACGCCUCCCGACUCCGCUAGCCAGAUGGAACGCGACCAACCGCGAUCCCCGAGCUGAACUACAGGAGCUGUGGAUGAGCUUGGGCGGAAGGUGUACAGAAGGAACUAGCUGAAGGAAGCGCUGCCUGGAAGCGGCCAACGUUGGCCGAAUUUUGAAUUUCGUUUGGUGGAAAUUCAUGAGUGCUCGAACUUGCUUUUUGCUGCGAACCGUUUCCCAUUCAUCAGAAUCGGUUCUCAGUCUAUGACAUAGGGUCCUCGGGGCGCAGGGCGCCUUCAAGAACAAUGGAUGGGCCCGCCAUUGCCGGGGCCGCCAUUGCCCGCAGUCCAC